GCCGCUCCUGCCUCGCAGCGUUAAAGGCAGAUAGCGGACCAUGGCGAGCAGCUGGAACAAACUUUUUACGCUUUUACGUUAGCGCGAUGACUUUUGAGUAACAUUUCUGGGACGAGGCUCCCGGCGUGUGGAGGACAGGGCGACGGAAAAACAAGAAGAAACGAACACAAACAAACUCCCGGGGGCAAGCGAGACGACUGGGAGAAAAGAGAGAGACCAGUUCCAAGCAACAACUACCAGCGGUGGAAAAUCCAGUUGAACCCAAUUGGACUGAAAGAUGAGCUUGUUGUCUGCCAUAGACACGAGUGCCUCCGUGUACCAGCCCGCGCAGCUUCUCAACUGGGUCUACCUCUCCUUGCAGGACCCCCACCAGACCAGCGCGUUCGACGCGUUCAGACCCGAAGCCAACUCUUCCCACCCGGAUCUCAAGGCUGCCGCCGCGGGCGACCUGAGCUCCUCUUCCCUGAACUCCAACUAUCUCAACAACUUCUUCCAGCUGCAGCGCAAUGAGGCCUUAAACAACAAUGUAUAUAAGAAUGUAUCGCCCUAUGGCUCCCUGAACAACAUCGUGGAUGGACUCAACUCCCUUACGGACCAUUUUUCAGACCUUUCCCUUUCUUCAGAGCCAAGGAAACCCAACAAACGUCCCCCACCCAACUACCUGUGUCACCUGUGCUUCAACAAGGGUCAUUACAUCAAAGACUGCCCUCAGGCCAGACCUAAAGGUGAAGGACUGACACCGUACCAGGGGAAAAAACGAUGCUUUGGAGAGUACAAGUGUCCCAAGUGUAAGAGGAAGUGGAUGAGUGGAAACUCCUGGGCCAACAUGGGACAAGAAUGUAUCAAAUGCCACAUCAACGUGUAUCCACACAAACAGCGACCUUUAGAAAAGCCGGAUGGUCUGGAUGUGUCUGACCAGAGUAAGGAGCACCCCCAACACCUGUGUGAGAAAUGUAAAGUCCUGGGCUACUACUGCCGCCGUGUGCAAUAAUCAUCUCCACCCAGAGGGAGAGAAGAACUUUAGGCGUCACAAGUCAUGUUGCCUGGCAUCAUGGGUGCCCAGUUCACAUCCGGGGUUUCCUCAGCCCUGUCCUGACCAGGUCGUCCUCUCUGUGUCCUCUUUGUACCUACAGAUAGUAGCUCUAAUCCUCUUUUUGUUUGUUUGUUUGUUUGAUGCCUUCCUUUCCCACCACAUCAAUGGGUCCUUACACCUUUCUGUCAAUGUUUCUGUCUCUGAGCAGAAAUUAGAGAAGCUGCAUGUAUUCAGGAUCAAUCACUUUAUGUGCUUUGCAUCAAAGGCAAAAUGUAGCUAAAUUUGCGCGUAUUAGAAAAUGCCUUACUCCAACUGUUUGUUUAACGAGAGCAAAUUAUUGUACAAAUGAAUCAGCACCAAGUGUGUAUUUUUGGUGUCACUGACAAGUUUAGCGUCAAAUACCUCACUUUGGGGUUUGUUGGCUUCGUGUUUACAGAGAUCUGCUUUCCAAUUUCCUGCCAAGUAAAGUGUGGGAUGUGAUCAACGUUUAGUCAGGGCGACUAACAAUGAGAUGAUGUAAAUGGAGGCCUUUGGUGUCGAGCCGUAAUGGGGACAGCAGCACAUUUUAUUAACUGUGAAUUAACUGAGGGAUAAAGUGCCAUACAUCCCUAGCUUACAUUUGGCAUAUUUAUUUUCUCUUUGUCUCGUGUGCAAUUUAAAUUUUAACUGGGACAUUAAUAUUUUUUUUGUUUC